AUGGAGGCGGCUUCGCUUCACUCGUCCGAGAAAGUCGGCAUCCACCAGGUUGCCGAUACUGGCGCGACGCAAACGCCAGAGAAGCAGGGCAGCAUGACAGAUGUGCCCUUGUCGCAUGUCAAGGGCCUUGGGGCCCAGGCGCGUUCACCAGAGGAGAACAAGGAGCUGGAGAAGAGGGUACUGUGGAAGAUGGACAUUCGCCUGAUACCCAUGUUGGCCCUCUUGUAUCUACUCUCUUUCUUGGAUCGUGGCAACAUUGGCAAUGCCAAAAUUGAAGGCCUCCAGGAGGAUUUGAACAUGCAGCCGGCCCAGUACAACUGGUGUCUGACCGUCUUCUUCUUCACUUAUGCGGCAUUUGAGGUGCCCAGCAACCUUUUGCUCAAGCGGCUACGCCCGAGCCGAUGGCUUCCGCUCAUCAUGAUUGCCUGGGGUCUCGUAAUGACCCUCAUGGGCAUAGUCAAGAGCUACCAUGGCCUAUUGGUUGCCCGCUUGUUCUUGGGAGUGACCGAGGCCGGUCUGUUCCCUGGCGUCGCGUAUUACCUCACGCUUUGGUAUUGCCGACACGAAAUCCAGCUUCGCCAGGCCAUGUUUUUCUCGGCCGCAUCCAUCGCAGGCGCUUUCAGUGGACUUCUGGCCUUUGGCAUCAGCAAGAUGGAUGGGGUUGGCGGUCUUGAGGGCUGGAGAUGGAUCUUCAUCCUGGAAGGCAUCGUCACGGUCCUUGUCGCCUUUUGCGCCUUCUUUUUGAUCUACGACUUCCCCGACACGGCCCCUUUCCUCACCGAGGAGGAACGCGACUUUGUCGUACGCCGACUGAGAUACCAAGGUCAGACGCCCGUGACGGUUGGGGAAGACAUCCAGGGCGGUGCCGCGACGCCCGAGCAAAUCCAGGUUGGCGAGGCGGACGAGUUCCAGUGGAAGUAUGUCCGGCAAGCCUUUGCGGACUGGCAAAUCUGGGUCAACAUCUUUGUGUACUGGGGUAUUGUCUGCCCUCUGUACGGCAUCAGCCUUUUCCUGCCUACGAUCAUCAAGAACCUGGGCUACAAAUCGAGUACCGCGCAGCUCAUGACCGUCCCAAUUUACAUCACGGCCGCCAUCUUGGCCGUCAUCGUCGCCUACUGCUCCGACAGAGUAGGGAAGCGCAGCCCGUUCAUGAUCACGCUGAUGUGCAUCAUGGCCGUCGGCUUUGCCAUGUGCAUCUCGUCGUCGAACCCUAAAGUCGUGUACGGCGGUGUCUUCAUCGCGGCUUGCGCAAUCUAUCCGGCUUUCCCGGGUGUCAUUACCUGGCUCUCCAACAACCUGUCCGGCAGUUACAAGAGAAGCGCGGGCAUGGCCAUCCAGAUUGGCGUGGGGAACUUGGGCGGCGCCAUGGCAUCAAACUUUUACCGUCAGCCCGACAGCCCUCGAUACUUCCUGGGUCACGGGCUCGAGCUCGGCUUCAUCGCGUUGGGCAUCACCGCGGCGUUGGUCCUGCUCGUGUCGUAUCGGGCCAUCAACAGCAAGCGGCAACGGCGCCUCGCGGCGGGGGAGCACCACAGCAUGACGCCCGAGGAGCUCUCCGAGCAGGGCGACAAGGCUGUGACUUUCCGAUACAUGUAUUAG